CGCAGACGUUCUCCGAUGGCAAGUGGUCCUAGCAGUGGUUUCGGCGACGCAGAGCAUCAUCCUGAGAAUCCCAUUCUCGAGGAGGUGGGGCUUCUCCGACCGUUUCCGUUGUAUGUUGAGGAAGAUUUGCUCGUUGGCUCGACUGAGAGUUAUUUAACUCCUGAAGUUUCAUAUGGUCCCUUAAACGCUGCGCCGGAUGCGGAUUGGCUCAAAGCAGCUCGUCAACAUGAUUAUCCUGGUGUUGGAAGGGAGCUUUAUGCUUUUCCCCCUGGAUACGAGCUGGUUGUCCCCGCAGAUGAUGCUCGUAUUACUGCUCCUCCCCCAGGUCAUAUUGGGUUGUAUUCAUAUCAUCUGGACUUUGGGCUGCGCUUUCCCCUGGAUCCAACCUUGGCCAAAUUCUUGAAGGCUUUUAAUGUCUGCCUGGCGCAGCUUCAUCCGUUUGCUAUACGGACUUUGGUCUGCUACUUGUGGGUGGUGCGUUUCAAAGGCUUCCCUGAGACUCUCUCUUUGUGCAAACGACUGCACAGUAUUCGAAGCAGUGAUAACAAGGAAGGGAGCAUUGGUUGGUUUACCACUUACACUGCUCGAGGCAAAAUGACCUGCUUGGGCAACCCCACUGGGCAGAGGGAUUGGAAGGGUCGAUUCUUCUGGCUUCGAGUUCCCGCUGACUUUCCUUUGCCUCGUAGCUUUGUUUCUCCAAAUGGCAAGAUGGAGGGUGUGGAGGUUUUGGUUGGUCAUAACUUGGAGGAUGCUGCUUAUGAGUGGUUUGACUCAGUAGUUAAGCGCGACGCGAACGGAAAGGACGUCGGCCGUGCCCCUAAGAAUUGGCUGCCUCAGUCGAUGUAUAUUCUGCGGAAUGAUGUUCUUUCCGCUAUGCACUUGUGCAACACUCAUCCUCAUGGUCGUCAACACCUUGAUAUGAGCUCCCUGGGUUUAACUGCUGAUGGAACCCCCCAGACUAACGAGCCAGCUGAAGACCCCGCCAAUGCUUACCGUACCAUAGCUGAUGUUGUUGGCGGACGCAGAGCAAGCUCUCGACGAACUGUUCGAGGGGGGAGUUCUGCUGCUAGUCGUACUGCUAGAGGUGGGGGUUCUGUGGCUAGCCGCACUAGCAGAGGGGGAGGCUCUGCAGGAGUAACCGCUGGGGCGAGCACCUCAACGCCACGUUCUGCCCCUGUUUCUCGGGCUACCCCUUCUAUAUCUGCCUCUGCUCGGCGUGGUCAGACCACACGGGGAGGGGGUAAUAUUGCGGGCCAACGUCGGCCUCGCCCUGAGACGGAAAGCGUUUCUGUUGACGUUACGCGAACUGCUGCAGACCAAUUGCAAUCUGCUCAUCCUGACCAAGUCGUGAAUUCCUCUAUCUCCGAGCAGGUGGAGAUCGUGACCGAGGAGCAGGACGUCCCUUUUGUGUAGCGCCCAGGUAAGCGCAUUUGCACUGGGGAGGGUUCUCGCUCGCAGGAGCAGGCCCAAGCUUCUGCCCCUGCUAACCAAAGCACCGCUUCUCUUCCUACUUCAUCUGCUGCUCUUGCUGCUUAUUUGGAGGAGCAACUGAGGUUGCCUGAGUCUUCUGUUCCUGCUUUUGUGAAUAUUAGGAACGGGGAAUUUCUGGAGAAGGAGGCCAUUGAUGUU